UUUUUCCUGUGUGACUCCGCUGUGGCGGAAGUAAGUCGUAUCGCUCGGGCCUCAUCCUUCCAAUGGCGACUGCGAACGGGCCGAAUAGAAAGCGGGAGCAACCGUGGAGGGGGGUCAGAGCUGUGUAGCCGAAAUUAAAUAAAUAUAUCCUAUCCUCUGUAGUCACAAAGUUAUCCUGAAAAAACAACAACUGCUCUCACCUCGCCAAAAUCACGGCCGAUUCAAUGGCCAAAAAUCGGAACAUUUCGCUCCUUGAGUCGGAGCUCUAUUACUUGAUAUCUCGUUUCCUAACGACGGGUCCGUGCCGGAGAGCGGCUGAGGUCUUGGCGAGCGAACUAGAGGACUAUCAGCUCUUACCGGGGAGAUUGGACUGGCUGGGAAACGAGCACCCGAGAACAUAUGAAGACUUGGUUGCAGCCAACAGACAUAUUGCACCGGACCAUUUGCUACGGAUAUGUAAGCAGAUUGGACCAAUUCUUGACAAAGAGGUGCCAUCAUGUGUCCCAGGUGUGCACUCUCUCCUGGGGUCCGGGAAGCAGUCGACGCUUCGGACUGCAAAAGACUGCGACAGAGUGCGGUUCAAUGGUUCAUCAUAUGCAGCCCUUCACCGGGGCAGACCACCCGAGAGGCCUUUCAACUGCAAGAAACCUCCACACCUAGUGAUGGUCCAUCGAGGGAGAGAGCUGACGGGAGUGCAGCGCUUCAGCUCCGUCAAUCCCGUCAGCAACUAUGAGCGCAUGCGGCUGCAUAGGCGGAUCCUGGGGCAUCUGUCUGCAGUGUAUUGCAUCGCAUUUGAUCGCACCGGCCUCAGGAUCUUUACAGGCUCAGAUGACUGUUUGGUGAAGAUUUGGUCCUCGUUUGAUGGAAGGCUUCAUUCGACGUUGCGAGGGCACUCUGCAGAGAUCACAGACUUGGCGGUUAACUAUGAGAACACGCUAAUUGCUGCAGGAAGCUGUGACAAGACCAUCCGUGUGUGGUGCCUUCGUACCUGUGCGCCUGUGGCUGUGCUGCAGGGGCACAGUGGAUCCAUUACCUCCCUACAGUUCUCACCGUUUGCCAAGGGCUCAAAACGCUUCCUGCUGUCCACCGGAACCGAUGCCAUGGUCUGCUUCUGGCAGUGGGACGUCAACAACAUCAACUUCAGUGAUCGGCCUCACAAAUUCACAGAGCGGCCGAGACCAGGAGUUCAGACUGUGUGCUCCUCGUUCAGUUCAGGUGGGAUGUUCUUAGCAACAGGAAGUACUGAUGACGUCAUCCGAAUAUAUUACUUGGGAGGCGGAAGUCCAGAAAAGAUAUCGGAGCUCCAUGAGCACACUGACAAAGUCGAUAGCAUCCAAUUCUGCCACUCAGGUGAAAGGUUUGUGAGCGGAAGCCGAGAUGGAACAGCACGGAUCUGGAAGCUCCACCUGCGUCAGCAGUGGAGGUGCAUCCUACUCAACAUGUCUGCCACUCUUCCAGGCGUUGAACCAUUGACUGAAGAGGAGAGCUACUUUAAACCCAAAGUCACCAUGGUAGCUUGGGAUCGCCAUGAUCAUACAGUCAUCACGGCUGUUAACAACCAUCUCCUCAAAGUGUGGAACUCCUACACAGGACAGCUGCUGCAUAUCCUUAAAGGCCAUGAGGCUGAGGUGUUUGUCCUGGAGCCGCACCCCUUUGACCCCAGGAUUAUCCUGUCUGCCGGCCAUGACGGGAAUGUCUUCAUAUGGGAUCUGCUGCGAGGGACAAACACACAGCACUACUUCAACAUGAUUGAGGGCCAAGGUCAUGGAGCCGUUUUCGACUGCAAAUUCACCCCCGAUGGGCAUCGUUUUGCUUGCACAGACUCCCAUGGCCAUCUGCUCAUCUUUGGUUUCGGCACUUCCAAGCCGUAUGAGAAGCUUCCAGACCAGGUGUUCUUCCACACAGACUACCGACCACUGAUCCGGGACACCAACGGCUUUGUGCUGGAUGAACAGACACAGCAGGCACCCCACCUCAUGCCCCCGCCUUUCUUGGUGGAUGUGGAUGGAAACCCCCAUCCUCCAAGGUACCAGCGUCUCGUCCCAGGGCGGGAGAACAUUGCUGCUCAACAUCUGGUUCCUCAGCUGGGAUACGUGGCCACCAGUGACGGUGAGGUUGUGGAGCAGGUGAUCAGCCAGCAGACCGCAGAGCACGACGAAGUUGCAAUACGACGCAGCACCCUUUUGGACGAGGCCAUCCGAAAUCUCCAGCUGCAACAAGACCGCCGGAGCCAUCACGGGACGGAAUUGGCGCCGGUGGCUGAAGAAGGACCUGAAGGGCAGGCUGAGGCUCAGGCCCCCGCCUUAGCCGCAGCGCCGAGCACGCCACGUAGAGUGUCUGUGAACGAUCGAGCAGACGUGCAGUCUCCCCCUAAUGUGGGCCUGCGCCGCAGCGGGCAGGUGGAGGGUGUCCGGCAGAUGCACCAGAAUGCACCUCGCAGCCAGAUGGCCACAGAGAGAGACCUGCAGGCCUGGAGGCGCAGGGUGGUGGUGCCCGAGGUGGGACCCAGCAGCUACAGGAUCCAGGAGCACGUUCGAGCGGCCAGAGGAGACGAGGAAAUGCUCCUGUAUAAUGCAAAGAAGAGACGCAUCAUCUACAACAGGGAUGAUUCAGAGGACGAGCCUCACACUGCGAAGCGAGCACACGGCCGCAGUGACGCACUGGAAUUCAUCGACUUGUCAUGCGAAGAGGGAGAGGAGACGGCAAGUUCAGAGGACCACGAGUUGGAUGGCAGUGAAAUGGAUUCCUCCAAUGAUGAAGAAUGGAACAGUGACAGCUCACGCCAAAUGUCCAGCGAGUACUCCGACUGGACCGCAGACGCGGGUAUCAACCUGCAACCCUCCACCUCUGUGUCGUCACGGAAACGAGCAAAGCGCAGACUCAGCAGCUCUGAGGAGGAGGAUGAGGAGGAGGAAGAAAAUGAGGAGGAGGAAGAAGAGGAGGAAGAGGAGGCAGAGGAAGAGGAGGAUGAGGAGAAGAAGAAGAAGCAGCAGCAGCAGAGUGAUGAGGAAGAAAAAGCAGGCAAGAAAAGCAAAGGGAAGUCCAAGAAUGCAAAGAACAAGUCACCCAGGCGUCCAAAGGUCAGACCAUCCAUCAACAGAGAAGUGUCCAACGAGUUCAGACCCUCAACCUGGAUCACUGAUGUCUUUCCCAGGAAGUCUCCUUUUGUUCCCCAAAUGGGCGAUGAAGUGAUCUAUUUCCGGCAGGGACACGAGGCCUACGUUGAGGCAGUGAGUCGAAGUGACCUGUACCCCAUAAACUUAGACAAACAGCCCUGGAAGAAAAUGGAGCUACGGGACCAAGAGUUUGUCAAGAUCACAGGGAUCAAAUACGAGGUCUGCCCUCCAACACUUUGCUGUCUGAAGCUGACUCUUAUUGACCACGGCACGGGCAAAAUAUCAGAAAAGUCUUUUUCUGUCAAGUAUCACGACAUGCCAGAUGUGAUAGAUUUCCUCGUCUUGAGGCAGAGUUAUGACGAGGCGCUCCGAAGAAACUGGCAGCCAAGUGACCGGUUCCGCUCAGUGAUCGACGAUGCCUGGUGGUUUGGGAGCAUCGUCUGCCAGGAGCCCUACCAGCCCGAAUACCCGGACAGCCUCUUCCAGUGCUUUAAAGUCAGAUGGGACAACGGAGAAACGGAGAAACUGAGUCCCUGGGACGUCGAACCUAUUCCAGAUGGUGCCCAGCAUCCAGAGAUGGAAGGAGGUGGUAUCCCUGUGACGGAAGAGGAGAUGAACGAGCUGAUGUACAAGCCUCUGCCCGGGGAGUGGGGCCAGACAAGCAGGGACGCCGAAUGUGAGCGCAUCGUCGGCGGCAUUGACCAGCUCAUCACCGUCGAGAUUGCAGCUCCCUUCUCUGGUCCUGUGGACUUAGUCCAGUAUCCCACCUACUGCACUGUAAUCGCCUAUCCUACUGACCUGGGCACCAUCAGACUGAGACUCCGUAACAGAUUCUACAGGCACCUGUCAGCAUUAAUUUGGGACGCCAGGUAUAUUGCACACAACGCCCGCACUUUCAAUGAGCCAAGGAGCAAGAUUGCCCACUCUGCAAAGAUCAUCACGAAUGUCCUCCAGAAAUUUGUAAAUAAUCCCAGCUGCACAGAUAUCAUGGAAAUUUACAAUGCUGUGGAGGAAAUGGAUGAUGAUGAUGAGGAGGAUACAGAAGCACCAGGAACAUCCUCGGGACACCGACUGCGCCAGCGCUCUGUGGAGGUGGUGCCUGACAGAGACGCCUGGAAGGAACAGUGCAAGAGUCUGCUCAUCUACAUUUUUGAGUGUGAGGACUCGGAGCCGUUCAGGCAGCCUGUGGAUCCUCAGAACUAUCCGGACUACCAUGACAUCAUCGAUACGCCAAUGGACCUUAACACGGUGAAAAGGACCUUGUUUGAAGACCGCUAUGACAACCCUGUUGAACUUUGCAAAGACACCCGGCUGAUAUUUGCAAACGCUAAAGCCUACACACCCAAUAAACGCUCCAAGAUUUACAGCAUGACCCUGAGGAUCUCCGCCUUCUUCGAGGAGCAAAUCCGAACAAUCAUAUCAGAGUACAAAACUGCCAUCAAAAGCAGCGACCGACUCCGGCGCAGUCAGAGGUUCCGGAAGAAAAUGCAGCAGCAGGAUCAAUCCAACGCCUCAUCAAGUCAAAAGAAAGGUGCUGUAAGAACUCAGGAAAAAGUGGAAUCGACAUCCGUGAACAAAUCUACCUCAGCAAAAGUGUCUGUUCCUGAAAGAGCACGCAGGAGCCAACGGAGGAGCCGACGCAGGAGCUCAGGUCACAGCUCCUCCGAGGAUGACUCCUCCAAAGCUGCUUUGGCAAUACCAGAGUCUGCCAGUGAGAGCGAGCAGAUUGAGUCGGAGGAGGAGGAGAAGCGUCACGGUUCAUCAAGGCACCAUCGGCUCAGAGGGAAAGCAAGAGUCACGAGAAGCAAACGGGCCAAGCAGAGGAAAAAAGAGAGCGAUAGUGACGAGGAGGAAGAUGAGGAGGAAGAAGAAGAAGAAGAGGAUGACGACAGUGAAGGUGAGGAGGGAAAGAGGCCCUCCCAGUCUUUACGUAGCCGCUACCCGAGCAGGAGCAAGAGCAGCAGGAGCACACGGCUGACCAGGAACAGCGCCGGCGCAGACAGGAAGCGCGCUGAGGACACAGCCGAGGUGAACGGUCACGGCAGCAGAUCGUCUCGCAGGGAGAGGCGUCGCCACCGGGACUCUGACCGGGAAGAGGAGGUCACGCUCCGCAGGUCGCUCAAGAGGAAGACGGCGAGGGCGGCUGUGAAUAAGAUGAAACUCCUCGAGGUGUCUGACGAGGACUUUGAGGAGCGGGAUGAGGAGGAGAAGCCGAGGAGGAGCAGCAGCCGCCUUCGUCACACCGUCCGGGCCGGCAAGCGUACCGCAGUGAUCCAGAGCAGCUCCGAUUCUGAUGAAGCGCCAUCAAGGCGGGCUUCUCGGACCACUAAAGAAUCAGGUUGCGAAUCCAACGAGGAAGAGGAAAGCGACAAGGGCGCUGCUUCAUCCUCCUCCUCCCAGAAUCUGCAGAACGGAGACUCAAGAUCUAAAAAGCAGAAAGAGGAAUCACGACAAGCUGCUGAAAAGAGAAAGGAUCGGGCGUCCCAGGUGAAUGGAUACAGCAAAAAACAUCAAGGGUUUGACAGCAACUCUGAGCAAGAGGAAGCUGCAGAGGAGAGUUCUGGAGCAUCAGAAGUUUCUGUGUCUCAGAAACCCUCGAGAAGCACGGCAACCCCUCACGCCCAGAAAAAGAGCAUUACUAGUGAGGAGGAGGAAGAGGAAGAAGAAGAAGAGGAGGUGGUCACUGAACGGAGGACCACGCGACACAAACUUCCCAUCAGCUCAGACGAAGAGAAGGUCAGCAGUUCUCCAAAACACUUACACCAAAAUGGAGAAAAUGUGGCAGAAGCGGUCCACAAGGACUCUAAGAAAAAGUGUAAAGUUUCACCGUCAAAAAGCCAAGAUAAACAAAAAUCUGCCUCAACUACCAAAUUGGAUGGUGCUAAAUCAGAGGAACCCGGCGAAUCUCCAAAGAGAUCGAGCCCACGUAAGAAAAGACUGGCAAAGGACGAAGAACGCAAAGUGGAGAGCGAUCAGUCAAGUGAGGAAUCAGAGGUUGAUACCAAGUCGAAGAGGCCGACGAGAAACAAGACCAAAUCUAAACGGCCUCGCGGCGACACGUCGGCUUCACAGAGCUCUGAGCAGGAAUACAAACCCGAGAGGAAGUCGAGGAGGAAACGCUCCACCGGCUCGUCGGACGAGGAGUCGAAUCGUUCGGACGGCACCUUCAACAGGCGGCGGAAUCUUCGCGCCCUCCCAAAGAAGAAAUACAUCAGUGACAACUCUCUCUCUGAGGAAGAGCCUGCAAGCCAGCGUAAACAGGGAAACGGGAACAAAGCAGCCACGGCACUGGCGGGCGACCGCUACAAUACGAGAGAGUCUAACAGAACCUCGCCCACUGAAGCUAGGAAUCCGCUGUCUUCCAGCAGGAAACGCAUUUACACCUCAGACUCUGAAGAAGAAGCAGAAGCGGUUGGAAAGAAGGAGCCAGCGUCCAAGAACAUUAAAAGAAGCAAUUUGGGCUCCUCGAAGCGUCCCAGAAGGGAAUCCGUGCGAAGGGAUGUCAACAAAUCCCAAUCCGAUUGCAGCGAGGAGGCCGAGCGGGAAGACUGCAAUCGCUCGAGGAGCGGGAGGAACGCCAGGCGGCUCAAUCACAAACGGAAGGAGAGCCGCGGCAGCAGCAGCAACCGCAGCGCCGACUCGGAGAGCGAGCGGUCGUCUCAGGCCUCUGAGAGCUCGCUGGCCAGCUCGGGGUCCCGUAGCAGUCCAAAGAGGAGGAGUCACAGGCGGCCCGGGGCGGGUGAGCGGACCACCAGCCGCCAGCUGAGGCAGCGCCACCGCCGCGAACGCUCCGCCUCUGAAGAGGAAGAGGAAGAGGAGGAGGAGUACAGCGACGAGUCGAGCAGCAAGCGGAAGACGCCCGUGAACACUCGCAACCGGGGGAAGCGAACGGUGAGUUACCACGACAACGAGUGAGGGGGCGGAGCAGCAGGAGCUGAUGCCGGAGGCCGGGAGACUGACUUAAACUGGAGACCUUUUAGAGACACUCGACGGUAGUAGCACUGGAGUCCUCGAAAGUAAAUGCUGUGAAUCUGUUUCAUUCAGGGAUAUUUAUAUUUUCUAUGAAAAACAUGUUUAUAGAUGUAAUACAAAUUCAAGCAUUUGAAAAAGCUGGUUCUCACAAGGAUACAGAGCAAAGCGCCGCCUCCCAUCCUGCUUUUUGUGAUUUUUGGCCAGCGGAGUCACCGUUCUGGGGAAUCUUGUCAGCUUGGGUGCUAAUCUAAUAUACCUCUGUUAAAUGGCUUGCACUAAGAUACACUGUAAUGAGGUAUUUCAUACACUAGUUUUGCAUUAGAAACUCAGGGGUCAAAUAAGUUUACUGUAGUCUCAGACAUGCAGUUGUUUUUUGAGCGGAAGUCAAGGGCAAGAAACAAUUCCACGUUGGCGGAUGUCCAAGCACACUCACUGGGACACAACGGAUUCGUGUUCAGACUUUGACUACAGCACUCCUUUGUAAAUCCACACACUUAAUGCUUGACUGUCUUGAGUUGAUAUGAGCCAAAUGAACGAACAUGUAUACCCCCCCAUACCAUUUCAUUUUUUUAAUUCAUUAGUUUUGUUUCUAUUGAAUAGAUGUAAAUAGUUGAUCAAGAGUUAGUCUGAAAGGAUUGUCAGUGACAACGUUUAUUUAAAUCUUAGCUUUUUUAUUUACCUUACUUUUCUUCCGUUUCUUUUUUACCGUUAACUACAUUGUCUUGCCAUAUGUCACAAAUUGGUACCUUUUUGCCAAGUACAUGUAAACAAAAGUACUUACUGCAAAAAACUGUGAUUUCUCAUAUUGGGAAGACCUUUUUAUCGUUGUCCUGUGUUAUCUACUUUCAGUAUUAAAUUUAUUUUCAGAGAUGACUUAAGACAUUUUGCCAGUCAAAUGGUUUAGUUUUGUUUAUGGGGAGGUUUCUUUAUAACAUUUUGCUUAAUGUUUUUCAUACUACACCUUUAAUAAAUCUGUUUCACAGGAAAACUGUUAAUGCAAUGUGGUUGUGGAGUGCAAUGAUUGAGUUAUUCUUCAUAUUAAUAAAGACAUAAUUUCAAGGUG